ACGAUAAUUAUCUGAUAUUAUAAGUCUCGCGGCUUCGUGAAACUGAAACUUGAAAUAAGCGGAAACUACGAAGGACGAAGAGAGACAGAAAACACGAAAGAAAAAGAGCUUUACAUUCGCGAAAUAUUCCACGAUGUUGUUGCAGCUAACAAAAGUGGUUAUUUAACCGUGCUGUUUGUGGGAGAAAAACAGCGUUACCCAGUAGUUCCUAGCCGCUCUAGAUUAUGUAUUAACGCGUCAUUAGUCGCUAGUUGCCUCUUUCCUCUCUUGUGUCAUGACCCUCCUGCUAUCAUGAUUGUAACAUCUUCCUUCUCCAUCGUUCUCAAACUCACUGACGCGAAAAUCGUUCGAUUUUAUCUUGCAGUCGAGGAUGUAGAAUUGAGAAUGUAGAAGUUAACACAUACGAUCAACACUCAUCGAAAAAACAAGACAAAGAAAGAAAUUAAAAUCCUGCUGACCGUAAACAAAGUGAGUGACUCAUCGGCGAAGGUUCGAUUCCAAGAAUGAGAUACUUCACAUGCUUGCUGGGAGUGUCGUUGGCUAUAGCAGCCUUCGCCGCGAUCAAGAAUGACGCGUCGUCGAUCGACACAAUCAGACAGGCUUUGUUAUUCUUGGAGAACGAUCUCAGAGAAGAUCUAGCCAAUCAACAAAAGUGGAUGAACGUAGAAGAGCGAGAGAAGUAUUUGCAUCUGAUCAAAACGUACAAAAGAUUCGGCAAUCAGAUAGACGAGCAAUUCUCUCCGGAUCGGAAAGACUACUUGAACUCAUUGGACUCCCUAUGGCUUUGGGCUCGGGCUCAGAAUGAGAUCAAGGGUGUCAACGGCUUGUACGGGGUGUUCCGGCAAAUGCAACGUGAGAUUGUCGAGCUGAAUGCACCGAUCAAUGCAAAACAGCUCGCGAAUUUCGCCGAGACGAUCCUACGAGAUGCGAACGCUGCGAUCCCGAUAGCGCUCGAUCGUAUCGCGAAUCUGAUUGUCAAUGAAAAGUUGUUCAUCGUGUCUUUUAAGGAAGCAUCGAACCAAAUGUGCAAUGAGAUGCAAUCGCCGCAGCAACUGCUGUACAAUUUGUAUAAUGCCGUGGCGUUGACGGAGAUCAAGGGUUACACUAUGAUUCAAUUUUCAUACAUGCUAUUACGUCUGUACAACGAAGGUAAUAACUUUAGCGAGGAAAUACAGACGUUGAAAAACCAAUACGCAAUAAGAACGUCAGAGACAUUAAGAGCUGUAAAAACUGCAAUGACAUACGCCCCAAGAAGUCUUUGGAGAUGUGAUCCACGUGUACAUAAAUUAGGUGAAACCUAUACGGAGUUGAAGCAACUGUUCCAAGGAUAUAUCGUAAAUGAAGUGGAUUUAAACACUGAAGGCACGUGCAAAGAGAAUUGCGCUUAUUAUGGAUACACUAAGGUGUACGGUUGCUAUCAGAAUCAGUUUUGUUCGAAACAACGUCAAUGUAAUGGCAAGAUAUUGCAUUGCGAGUACAUUGAUUCCGACAUGUGGAUCUGCCCUGCGGAUAGAAAUAGUACUAGGCGAUAUGAAUAUAUAGAAUAUGAAAAUGGUCUUCAUUAUGGAAAUUCAAAAACAUGUCUUGGAGGAACAACUAAAGUCGACAGCUGGUGGCGAUGGCUUUUCUGGCAUUGUAGCUACUGUUUUUGCUACUGCGAUGAUCAAAAUUCGAGUUCCGAUCGAUAUUUCAGUCUCCGAUCUGUGAUGUCUGAUAUUUCAAACAACAAAAUCAUAACAGGAAUAAGACUGAGAAAGAUAAAUCAAAUUAUUCAUAUACAAAUCCAAGAGGGUCAGUUACUUCCACGUGGAGAAAUUGAUGUAUCAACAAUCGAAUGGCAAUCGGUCGAUGCCUUUUCAAUCAUGGACUCUCAUAUUAGAAAUGGCGUUGACUAUCAUACAAUAGUAUGGGAAAAACGCGCUUUAGAUCUCGAUGAUUUGUUGGCAGUACCAGAUCAUCUAUUGACAGGCGUUAGGCUCCGAAUGGUUGGUAGCCGUCUAAAUUUGGAAAUAAUGAUAACUCCAUUCAACUUCACAUCCGGAUCGUUAAUUCAACCUGAAGAAAAGAGCUUUUGGCAUAGUAAUGAUGUUACUGACAGAACUGAGCUGAAAUACACCGAUCCCGAUAUACCGAUUCGCAAUUUCGUACCAAACAAACCGGACACUGAGGAGAAUCAAUAUUUGAACUUCGCACCGAGCGAUCGACGAAAGGACGCCGCACAAAGUACGAUUCCCUUCCUUGAUGUUCAACCAGUCAUACCGAAUCCGCCGGUGCCGCUCGCGGGCGCCGGUAUCUUUCACAAAGGUCGAAAGGGUUCGGGUGGAUUCGUUGCUUUGAAAUUAACUACCUACGACUUCGCGCCACACUUACAAGCUGAUCUGCCAUCAGCACCGCCGAUUCUCGAAACUCCGAACGAGAUAAAAGCCACGUAGAAAUAUUAUAUCUUUCAUUUUAUCGAAAUAACGAUUAAAGAACCUGUGAUUUGCCAAGGACUUCAAUAUACAUAUCGAGGUAAAAGAAGAUAUGUACCGAGUUAUUGCAUACGAAAUGUUGACUUUCGAAUAUUUCAGCUUUAAGAAAAAUUUAUUGAAAUUUUUGAAUAAAGUAUAAACA